AUGAAGUUCUUCAACUGGAUGCAGAACAAGCUUAAUGGACGACCAGGGAACCAAACCCCGAAUACAGUCCCACCAAGUAAUCUUCCAAAACAAUCUUCCCAGAGAGAAGAGUUCAAUGACUGGCCUCAUGGACUGCUAACAAUUGGGACAUUUGGUAUCAAGGAUCUCAAAGAAGAAGCUGCUAGUUCUGAGAUUCAGACUGCCACCCAUGAUCAAGAACUAGAACAGAAUCCCACCUCUGCUCCAUCCCCGGACUUGUCAGAAUUUUCUCCAGAAGAGUUUGUUCAAUUGCAAAAGGAAUUGACAAAGCUCUUAAAACGAAAAUCAGCUAAACAAGAGGAAAGCUCUGAUCUUCCUCUGGACAGAUUCCUUAACUGCCCUUCAAGUUUGGAAGUCAGCAGGAGGAUUUCAAAUGCUGUUUGCACUGAUCCUGAUUACAAGGAAGAUGAUAUUGAACGCACAAUUAGUGUAAUAAUUGGUAAAUGCAAAGAGGUCCGGGCAGAGAAGACUCAGAAUGCGAUUGGGAAGAAAUCUAUUUCUUUUCUUCUUAAGAAGAUGUUCGUUUGUGCAAAUGGGUUCUCGCCAGCUCCUAGUUUGAGGGACACUCUACAAGAGACCAGAAUGGAGAAGCUACUGCGAACCAUUAUUCAUAAGAAGAUGUACCCUAAAAAUGCUUCUCGGACAUCAUCGAUGAAGAGAUAUAUUGAAGAUAAACACAAUACUACAGAAAAGAAAAUUAACGAAGAGGAAGAUGACAAACCAAGGCCAAGCGAGGGAUGUAAAUGGGACAAGACAGAUUCAGAUUAUAUUGUUCUAGAGAUUUGA